UUUACAAUCCUCUACCACUCACCAUUUUCCCUUGCAACUCAGGAUAACACUUCACGCAUCUGAUGAGAUAGACUGUAGUCCACAAAAGCUUAUGCCAUAAUAAAUAUGCUAGCCUUUGAGGUGCCACAACACUCUCUGCAGUUUUCACUGCAGACUAACACAGCUGCCCCUCUGGAAAAUCAUUGUCCUAGGUGCUCAGUAUAUAAAUAAGCAAGCAAAAGGAGACUUCGCUGACUUUCUGUUCCUGUUCCUUCACCACACAACACACUCCUGCGUUUCUAAACUGGAGUGCAACCUUUCCAUUUUGUCCUUGUCCCUAAGUGGCCUUUGCGCUGCCCCAAAGUCCCUUCCGGGACGCUGGCUAUGCUAAUUGCUUGACUUUGGGGGAUGGGGUGGGAUCUAUACCUUCCAGCCCUUGGACAAGCCCUGCAUUCAACAACCCACCCACUCAAAGCCAGGCCUCCCAGGUAGCACAGAAGGCCCUGCUCUCAUUCCCUCAGCCUGGAGAAACGCUCUUCACCACUUUCCAAGAUCAACAUUCAAUGGUCGUUCCUCUUGCCUGAGAAAUUUGGAAGUCUUUACAAUGGAAUAAUACCUGGCUACCCCCAGCCUUGGGGAAGUUUGCCUUCAGAAAGCUCCUUUUCGCUACCCACCCUGGAGUCCUCUAAGCAGGUGCUUGAAGCCAGCCAGCCUGUGGCCACGGUUUGCGCUGUCCCUGGGGGAAACCUACAUGCCUGCUGGGAAGUAGCAGGGCAGCACUGAGGGCUGUCCCUCCUGGCUGUCAACAACCUAGCUGGCACCCUGAGGAAGUUUCUUGGUGCCAGGCAGGCCCACCUCCCUGGCGAUGAAGCAAUUAGGGGCUGUUGCUUCUCUUUUAAAAGCACCCAGCCCAACUCGCUCCCUUCAUUCAACACAGAGGGAGGGCAUCUGCAGAGUCCUUGCUCACCCACCCGCACUGCCAUGGAGUAGGCUUCAAAACUGAUGGUUUUCUGUGCUAUCUGCCUUUCCUUCACACUUGAUGCCUCCAGAGAAACAAAAGAGCAAAGCAAGGGAGCUAAAGGAAAGAAGAGAGGAUCAGCAAAAGCCAAGGUUCAUCACCUGAAGGCUCAGGAAUCCUCACCUGACCCGGUGCUAAGAGUAAACCCAGAGGCUUCCACAGACUACACCCUUGUGGAGGAUUACGAGCGGAGCAUCCAUGAGAUGGUUAGCCAGCUGCGGAACAGCUCCGAGUCCCUGGAGAGCAAGUGCCAGGUCAACCUGAGGCUCUGGAUGUCCAACAAGAGGAGCCUGUCUCCGUGGGCCUACAGGAUCAACCACGACGCAGCACGAAUCCCAGCCAACAUCCCAGAGGCACACUGCCUGUGUGCUGGGUGCAUCAAUCCCUUCACCAUGCAGGAAGACCGCACCAUGGUCAGCAUCCCCAUCCACAGCAAAAUCCCAGUGCGCCGACUGCUGUGUGAGCCAAGCAACCCCAGCCGGAAGAAGAAGAGGUGCCGCAAGGAGUACAAGACCGUGAUGGAGACCAUUGCUGUGGGCUGCACUUGCAUCUUCUGAGAACCCCCAGAGAGCAGAGCUGCUAUUCCUGCUUCGGGUUCCCUAAGGGUUAGUAGCGCUCCCGUCUUCCUAGCCUCAUCUCCCCCUUCCGUUCUCCCAGAACGUGCUUUUUCUCCUGCCAAGAUGAGGGAAGGUCCAUGUGCUUCCAGAGGCCAAAGCUGCUUUUGUUGGAUUCCUUCUCUUCUAUAACCCACAGAGAGGCUGACAGCACCACAUGCACACAGCAAGAAAUUAGAAUCGUAGAGCUGGAACGGACCUUGAGGAUCAUCUGGUCCAACUCUCUGCAAUGCAGGAAUAUGCAGCUGACCUGAAUGGGGAUCAAACCCACAACCUUGAGUGCUUUCUGUGUCGCACAAAUGGCAAUUAACUGUAUCCGACCCGGAUCCAGAGCAAAUUGCUUCAUUUCACCCUAAUAGCUCUGAAUCUAGUCACUGGUGCCAGUUUUUACUCUUUGCCAGGCACGCCUGCUCAAUCAGGAGUUCAGCAGAAAGGGAAGCUGCUGUGUGGCUGCUGCAGAGGAAGGAAGGAGAUCCAACGAAGGUGCAGCGGCUUCAACCAUUUUGCCCUCCAUCUGGGGCUCAAAGCCCUUUAGCACUGGCUUGACGGCUGCUCAGUUUGCAAGCUGACUGCAGCCCAUCUGCUGGAGUUGCUCAGGGCUUAGGCCAGAGUGACGUCACCAUGCAAAGAGGCCCUUCCAUGUCCUCCUCCCUACUGGGUUGCACUACCAAAAUGGAGGCUUUGAUAGGACACAUCUUCUGUGUCAGCUGAAGGCCCAAAGCUAGGCCAUUGCUUUUUUGACAGUGCCCUGCUGCCUUCUGUGUGGGAGCAGGAGAGUCUGUGCUUGGUGGAGAAGGAGAGGCCUUUCAAGGCUACUUGGCAGGCUCUUGUACACCUCACACAAAACUAACAAGGAGAUGUCUUAUCUUAAUACCAAGCAGUUCUCAGAGUCCUGUGCUGGCAGCCCUGUUCACAGGGCCUAGGUAUCAGCAAAAUGCUUGGCCAGGGAAAAAGCACCGCAGCUUUGGCAUGUGUGGCAAAGACUAAAUAGACUCAGGAGCUAGCAAGAGAUCCUCAGGCAACCCAUUAUUCAUGACACCCCAGAGACAAGGACCAUGGCCAUUUUGGGAACCCGCAACCCUUCUGCACAUAUCAGAAGCAGCAUCCCUUGGUGCAGAGCCACAGCUCGCUGACAAGAACCCAGGAUUUCUUUUUGUACGCUCAAAGGUGCCAGGUUUAACCACAGGCAGCUCUGUUAAAAUGGUUCUCAGGCAGCAGAGCUGCCAAAAGAUCCCUAUCCGAGACUUUUGGGAAAGUGCACUCAGUGAACACAGACAAGGCUGGUUUUGAUGGGCCAGUGGUCUGCCUUCGUGCAAGGCAGCAUCACAGGCUGAGAAGUCCAGGACUAGGAAGGGUGGCGGUGGAGACAGUUCUGGCUUGUGGAAGGCAAGACCCUUAAGCAAAACAGUGCGAGAGAGGGAGCCACAUGCUAAGGCAGGGGUGGUCAACCUGCAGCCCUCCAGAAGUUGGUGGACUACAACUCCCAUCCUCCCUGACCACUGGCUCUUCUGGCUGCGGCUGAUGUGAGUGUGAGUCCAGCAACACCUGAAGGCCACUCCUGAAUCUAUGUGGGGGCUGCCUUUGUGCCAGAAUGCUGCAGCACUGGGGAGAAAACAACGGGUAGUUUUCCUUUCAGUUCGCUCAGUUUCCCAGCAUUUCACAGAGCAGCCCCAUGCAAGUGCUCAGCUCUGCAGAACUUGAUUAGAGAACGAUAUCAGCUCCUAGUAGCUUUGUCCUUUCUGGGAAAUGGCAGAACUCACUGGCUGGUAAUUUUGCUCAAGAGGAAGCUUUGCUCUUGACAACUCAGCAAGCUAUCCCUUGACCAUAGGAAGGAAUCUAGGGGGUGAGCAGGGCUCUAGAUCAGCAGCACGGCAAGGAGUACAAUAGUCACCAUUUCGGGAGCUACAGAAUCAGCUCCAGAAAACAGCAUACAGUACCAAAUCAGGAAAGGUUCCAGGUGUUUAUACAGCAAUUCCUUCUGGUUGGGAAACAAUGGAAACCAUCUGCUUUUUUGCCAAUAGGGGGAUUAUACCCUUCACCUCCCCCCCAAUCAUACACAGGGCAAGGCAACAUCAGCCAUUAGCUGCAAGGAUCUGAGGCGAUCAGGGCAGUGGUUUAUGCAGUUUCACAUAUGUACAGGCAGUCAGAGUCAAAAGGGUGUUAGAACCUGAGCUGUAGCCAAUACCAGGAGACCCAACUCAGGGCUCUCUAGCUGACUACAAUUAGAGGCAAGUUCAUGAAGCUUGGCAACAAAGCAAAAGGAACAACAUUGUUUUGGAUGGAAAACAGAAACACACAAAGACACAAAAAGGAGUCACAUCAAAGACAGCGCUCUGCCCGUUCCCUUAAGUAUAGAGUAAAGGUAAAGGUAAAGGUACCCCUGCCCGUACGGGCCAGUCUUGACAGACUCUAGGGUUGUGCGCUCAUCUCACUCUAGAGG